AUGGCGGCAGUGGUCGAGAACCGGAUGAAUAAUUUCGAAAAGAGAAAAGAGCAAAUCCGUAGGUACGAAUUGUCCUUUAGUGACGGCACCAAUAACAGUGAUGUGCCAACGAGCGCACGUCAAUCAAACCGCCCCAAGACUCCACACGAUUCCGAGCAGAAACCAAAAAUACGAUUUCCAGAUGGCUGCAUAUUCCUAGCCGCCUGUACCAGUGGAAACACUGAUGAUGUGGAGGAAAUAUUAAAUAAUUCCAACACGGAUAUUAACACCACUAAUAUUGAUGGGUUGACUGGCCUACAUCAGGCAUGCAUUAAUGAGGAUUUCGAUAUGGCAAAAUUCCUAAUUGAUAAGAAGAUCAAUGUGAAUAUAAAGGACAACGAAGGCUGGACGGCUCUGCAUGCCGCUGCCCAAUCUGGGGUACUCAAUAUUGCCAAGCUGCUAAUAGAACAUGGAGCCAAGCUGGACGUCGUAAAUUGUGACUGCGAACUGCCGAUCGAUCUAGCCGAUAACAAAGACAUGAUCAAACUAAUCAGAGACGCCAUGGACAAGCAAGGUAUAAAUGAUGCAGAAGCCCGAAUGAUAGAAGAACGUGUCAUGAUGGCAGACGCCAAAAAAUGGGUUGAACAGGGUUUUUAUGGGGGAUCCAUUGAUGAAAAAACCGGGGCAACACCUCUGCACGUCGCUGCCGUCAAAGGAUACGUCGAUGUUAUGAAAUUGCUUUUACAGUCCGGCGCUCCCAUAGAUGCCAAAGAUCACGAAGGUUGGACCCCUCUUCACGGGGCAGCACAUUGGGGACAGGUCGAGGCCUGCCAACUACUGGCCGACAACUACUGCAAUAUGAAAAUUUCUAAUUGUCAGGGUAACACAGCUCUCGAUGUAGCCGACGCAGAGGUGGUUCAACUGCUUGAAGAACUGCAGCAGAAACAGUUAACUCAUAGAGAAAGUUCCAAGCUUAUAAGACACUCCAACAAAGGCAGAAAGAGUUCCAUCACUCGGAUCAGUGUCGGCCAGAUGAAAGGUAUGCAGAAGAAAAACGAGGAGAAUGAAAAAAUAACCAUGGGCUCUGUUGACGAUGGCGAGGAGGAAGAGGAAGAGGAUGAUGGCGGUAAUGAUAACGAUGCUAUUGGCAAUGACGACGACGCCGAUGAUGACGUGACUGUGACGUCAUCGGAAGUUGCUGUAAGAAAAUCUGAUGAUGGCGGCGAGGAGGAUAAAGUUGAAGAUAAAUUUGAGAAAACUAAAUUUGCCAUUGCUGACGAUAUAGCCGCUACUACUACAGCUACUAUUACUAAUACUUCUAUCGCUAGUAUUACCUCAAGUGAGGCUACUACUGCUGCUACAACUACGGCUCCUUCUUCAGCAGCAGCAGCAGCAACGACAACAACGACGAUGACAAGCAUUAAAGAGAGAUCAACAUAUGACUUUUUAAAAAGUAUUCGGGAGAAACUGUACAAAGACAGUCCAGCCGAUUCUACGACCACUGCUACUACCAAAAUUGCCACAGUUAUGGAGAAAGCAGAGAAUGAUGAUUCUGGAAAGUCGCGUAGUGACCUUACCAAAAGUGAAACCAUUGCAGGAAAAACCCAAAAACCAGAACUGGAAAGGAAGGAGGCAGCAGCUAAUGUGCAGAUGAGAGACUCUGCCGUUCCUUCAGCUGCUGCUGCUGCUGCUGCUGCUGAUUCCGGUGUGACAAUGAGGAAGAGUUUGAUGAGGGAGAAACAAGAUGUUGAAGUCAAGAGGUCGCCUAAUCUGGCCAGUGACAUAUUGAGGAGGUCAGACAAUCCUGCCCUCUGGAGGAUGGGCUUUCGUCGACCGAGUAACUCUGAGAAUAAUUCGGACAUUGAUCAAGUUAUCAAGCUAACUGAAGCCGAGAGAAUGAGGAAGAGUUUGGAAAAACCAGAAUCUACAGAAGCAACCACAAUGGCCACCACAGAAUCUCAACAGCAGCCGACAACAACUUCAACAACAACAGCACCGACACGUAUUCCUCUGGCUACAACCCAUAAAUCUACAACUAUUGCAUCACCAUUAUUAACAAGUCCAUCGACUACUAACACCACAAAUACUACAGUUGCUGCCACUACCUCUACCACCACCACCACCACUACUACUACUACUACCUCUACCACUGUUGAUAGUGUUACUACAAAUGAUGAUAAUGGUAACGAUAGUAGGGGUGGUGGUGGUGGUUGCGGUGGUGGUGGUAUUUUGAACCCCCCAUCUCCGCCACAUCAUGCAUCUCUGCUGAGACCUGAGACUGCAGCUGCCCUGGCGAGCAUUGCUUCCUCUCAUCAGAGGAUCAACGACGUUGUGAAGAGAGAUGAAUCGAACGAGUUGGAGAGGAAGCUGAAGGCCAAACGAGCUCGAGAGUCUAGAAGGUCUACACAGGGCGUCACCAAAGAAGACAUCCAGAAGGCUGAAGAUUCCCUGAAAGCGGCUUACAAGGACCCAUCGUCACUACUAACACAGCCACUAACAGCCAAUACUGAGGCUACUACAGCAGCUACAACAACAACAAUGGUUGACAUAACAACGGCAGCUGCCACUACGUACAAAACUAGGCAUAGCGUUGUUGAUUCUGAGCCAAAUAAGACACAAGCAAAUAUGCUGUCCUAUGGAGGUGAUGGGGAUAUAAACUGUAAAAAUUCUGGCGGUAUUUUUACUACAUCCGCCGCCGCUUCUAGUACUACUGCUGCAGUUGCUGCAGCUGCUGCUUCUAGCAGCAAUACUGCUGCAUUCGGUAUUGGUAGUGGUAAUAAUGGUAGUGGUGCAAAUGCUGUGGCUAGUGUCAUUGGGAAGUUGCAGAGGAGAGAUAAGCUGAAUGAUGAUGUUGCUUUGCCCAGAAAGGUCACUGAUUCAGAUGCAGAUGAUGAUAAUAUAGACCAAGAUGAUGAUAGUAUGUAUAAGAUGGGUUCCAGUAGGUCUCGCAGAAAGAGAGAAAGCCGAAGACCGACUGGAAAGAUUUGUCUGGAAGAAAUACCAUCAUCUGAAUCUAAUGAUACUACUGAUGAUGCAGCAGCAACAACAACUGACCAGCAACAGCCAAAACCGUCAUCUUAUUUAUAUCCGAUGAAAUACAACACAUCAACAACAACAACAACAACACCAUCUUCUCCUAUUGUCACUGCAUUAGAUAGUGUAGAUUUUGCAAAAUCAACAGCUACACUAACACUGCCAACAACAACGUCAACAUUAUUGUCAGCUACAACAGCCACGGCUACUCUAUCGACUACGUCGGCGUUCUUACGAAACUCUCUAAAACAACUAAGUGAAAGUUACAACGCCAUCGCAACAGCAGCGGCGACAUCAACGACAACGACAUCAGCGACAACGCUGUCGUACUUAACAGCGCCUAUCUCUAGAUAUUCCUCACUUAUUCAGCAGCAGCAGCAACAACAACAACAACAAAACUCGUCAUCGCCACGUAGAUUCAACAACAACUCGUUAUCUCGCUGGAGUACACUCUCCACUGCUACACAACAGCAGCCACAGAAGUCGCAGCAGUUUAUAACAGCAGCCACAGCAGCCACAGCAGCUAAUGUAGCUGCUUCUUAUUCAUCUAGGCCUCUUAGUCACCUGGCUACUCUCGAUUCUUCCAAAUACUCAACCACUGGUUCAUCUUCAUCGUUCGUUGCUAACACUGGUACAGAUUAUCAUAAGCUAUGGCUAGAUGAGAAGUGCACCAGUGAAAUGCAGCAGAAACGAAUCGCUCAAUUAGAGAACGAUCUCCACAACACUCAAAUCUUAUUGGACGUUGCCAACAGUCAAUUAGCAUCCAGUUCUAAUACCAGUGAAGUUUAUGGUGGUAGCGAGGCCAGGGAGAAGCGCUCGUGCGAGAGAAAGAUAGCAGAGUUAGAGGACAAACUGAAAGAUUAUCAUUCUUUGGAGAAGAAAGUGGCAAACCUAGAGAAUGACCUAAAAGUGAUGGAGAAUCUGAAGAACGAAAAUCAGAAACUGAAAAAUGAGAAUGGAGCCCUCAUAAGAGUCAUCAGUAAACUAUCUAAGUAGUAGUCACGCUAGUAAUUACAAUUACACAAGUUGCAGUAGUAAUAUAUAACCGAUUAUUUACAUAUAUAUAUAUAUAUUGUUGUAUAUAUAUAUAUAUAUAUAUAUAUAUAUAUAUACUUGCAUAUAGCUUGCGUAUAUAACAUGCUUCCGGUUAUAUAUAACAGUAAAGGUAUGAAUGUAGUAAUUUCGCAGACACGAGAUAAAUUAAGAUAUUAGAAAUUCGCCCGUUCAUUCAUUUAUUUAUUCACUUUAUCUAUCUUUCAUUCAUUCACUAUUUUAUUCAUCCAGAGCACUCUUUCAUUCAUCUGCUUGAGCAUAUUUUUACAUUCAUUCAUUAUUUCAUUCAUAUACCUUAUAAUCUGUGCCGUGUUGAUUUCAAUGAUGAGAUAGAUCUUGUGUUUUUUAUACGUGUGUUGUUUGUGUAUGUAUGUAUGUAAGUAUGUAUGUAUGUAAGUAUGUAUGUAUGUAAGUAUGUAUGUAUGUAAGUAUGUAUGUAUGUAAGUAUGUAUGUAUGUAAGUAUAAUUAUAUAACCACUUUGCUAUCAUUUGUAAUUUCAAUUAAAACCUUAUAUAUACUAUGAAUUAAUUCUAUAUAUGGAUUUAUGUAUGUAUGUAUUGUGUGUAUAUUGAAUAAAAUGUAUUUAUAUGCACAAUGUAUGGAGAAUAUAUAAAUAUAUAUGGAUGGAGUAUAUAUAUAUAUACAUUAGUUAUAAUAAACACUUUGUUAAUUAUUAUCAUAUACAUGUCAGUGUACGUGGUAAAAUAUAUAUAUAUAUGUGUGUGUGUGUGUGUGUGCGUGUGUGUCUUUGAUAAGAUCUACUGAAUUUUAAGCUCUUACGGUUGAGCUUUCCACUAUUUCUAACAGUAGCUUUAUAGCUAUUAUCAAAUUAACAAGAAAAUCUUUGGUGUUUAUGGUGAAUUGUAUAUAGGUCACAUACACAUGUAUACGCUCAUAUACACCGUAAUUAUGAAAUUACUCUUAGAAAUAUUGUAAAACACGACCUUAAACUUUCAAGAGCUGAAAAUUCGGUAGAUUUUAUCAACUAUUGCAUCAAUUAUGGUCUUCUUCCAGCCAUUUAUAUCUAUAUAUAUAUAUGUUUUUUACAUGUCUUUUAUUAUUAUCAUCAUAAACAACACAGUGCGUCAUUCAACUUAGUUUUUAACAUACAUAUGUAUGUAUAUAUAUAAAUAUAAAUAAAUAUUAUAUAUAUAUAUAAUUUUGUUAUUCCUUCAUUAUAGAAAUCACAUUAAUCAAUUUUUCUGUCUAUCUUUGUAAAUGAAAUAUGUUUGUAUAUAUAAUAUAUGUAUAUAUAUAUGUUUGUAUAUGUAUAUAUAUAUAUAUAUAUAUAUAUAUAUAUAUAUAUGUAUAUAUAUAUAUAUAUAAGUUCUGUUAAAUUAGUUGUGAGUCAGUUAUUUUACGUCCUUACUCCUAGGCAUCUGCUACUUAGUACUUAUUAUUAUUACUGUUGUGCGUGCCUUAUAUUUUCCCGAAGCCUGUCUUCAGCCGCUUUAAAUCUUUUUACUAAAUUAUUAUUAUUAUUAUUUGUAGUUAUUAUUAUUAUCGUUGUAUUAUUAUUAUUAUGAUUAUUGUCUUUGUUAUAAGACAAUUUGCUUUUUAGA